CACUGCUCCAAGGAAUAAUCACUUAAGUAAGUAAACGAGUGAACGUGGCACUCAAAGUAUUGAUGGGCUUAUAUUAUGUUGCUGUCAUUGCAGUUUACGAGUUAUCCUUCGUCACUCCAUCAGAGCCAUACACUUACUCGCGGCUCUCUGGCGCCUCUCGAAGAGUGAGCUCGUAAUCGCAAAAAGAUCACAGUGGACAUUGUUCUCGUCCGUUUUAAGUAGGGGCAGUGAUCUAUUCGUCUCACAUUAUCCCUGGAAAUUAUAAAAUGAGAGGAGAAUAGAUCGUUGCGAUAGCCACAAGACGUGGAGAGAGUGCGUGAGCAUUGUGACUUACUGCGCGUGCGUGAGCACUACAUUAUAACUUUUCUAUCAUAGUUAUUUCACAGUAAAACUAUUAGGAUAGUUAUUAUGACGGGGGGGUCUUCUAGGCUAAUUAUAUUGUCUAAAACAUUUAAUAAAACUGCAUGUAUCACCCUUUAUCCAGACUAUUUCGCGCGUUAUUUCUACCAUCACUUUCAAGUACGCAUCCUUCAAUUAGAAUGCUGUUCCCGUCGCCUCCCACUACUGCCGUAUAAUUAGACUUGAGCGAUUCAGCUAAUUCCUCUCUCUCUCUCUCUCUCUCUCUCUCUCUCUCUCUCUCUCUCUCUCUCUCCCAAUCUGAUCGUCUAAUUUCACCUCAAAGGCAUAUUUUCACGGUGUAACUCGCUGGUUAAACAAGGCCAUAUCCAUUUGUUAAUUGAUGCAAUUACGCAUUUCUCAUAAUGGUCGCGUAGGUCCCGAGAUACGCAUCAAUCAGUUUUCUGUUGACCUGCCAGAGGUUCUCUCCAUGUGUGCUCGUCUGCCGGGACUGGCCCUCUCUCUAAUAGAGAAAGAUAGAAACAUCAUCGCAAUUAACAUCAGGUCGGACCUCUGAUCGGUCAGACAGACGCGAGCAAGGGUCCUGCACAAACCUCUUCAGUUCAUUCCCUCAUCAGCGGCUUAUAGUGUCUUAAAUGUAGUCUAAUAAUAAUCAGCAUAUUGGAAUUGAGAACAUAGCAAUCUAAUAUUAUAGUUAUUAUUAAAGAUUAGAAUUGUGACAUGUUUAUUUAUAAACCUAACAAACUUGUUUCAAAUCCUCUUUUGCUUUAGAAUUUAGCCUAUAUGUGAACAGACAUCUAAUGGGUAAAAACACGUCAUUUGCCAUGAAAACAUAUUUUUCCAAAAUAUACUAAAUAUCGUUAAAGAAUGUGUGUUACAGUAAUUAAUAUUAAAAGUGUAUGUAAACUUUGUAGAUUUAAAAUCUUUAUCGGAUCAAAAAGUAUUGAUUAUAGCCAUCUGUUUUAGCAGUUGUUUCCAAGUGAUUUAUCUUUGCACUCUAAGUCUUAGAAUACCAUGAUCUAAAAAAUAAAUAAAUAAAUAAAUAAAUAAAUAAAUAAAUAAAUAAAUUUAAAAAAAAAAACAGAGGGGACAAGGGUGUGCAAAACACACCUCAAGAAAAGCGCGAAGCAUGACGUGAUUGGCAAAGACAUCACUCUAUCCUCUUCCGUCCCGGGAUUAGGAUGACGUCACACGGAUACCCGUGCAUGGAUGAAUUCUAAAGAACUAUAGAGGCACAAAUAAUAGCACAACCACAAGUUCAUUUCUUGCAAGUCUUACGUUAUCCUUUAAGCUUUCUACAGCUGUUUAACAACAAUAUGUUUGUACUUGAUGAAGCUUAACUCUAAUUUCUCAUUUCCUUAAGGGGAUUAUACAUACAUAUAAAACUAGGGCUGGCGCAAACAUCCUCAGUGCUUCCCAGUUAAGUGCAGUCAUCUAUUAUUGAGCGAAGGGCCGAGUGUGGAAAUGUGUGUAAGACGCUGGAUUUGAAGUACAUUUUGUUUCAAUCGAUCAGAAGGAGAAGAAUAUUGCUUAUGGUUACAAAAGAAGCAGCUAUGUCUUUCUCGCAGUUUGGAUAUCCUUACAAUGCAACUUCUCAGUUUUUCGUCUCGGCAAACCCCAGUACGACUUGCUGCGAAUCGAUUUCCAGGUCGGUGACUGAAGGAUCGAGCGCGUCUCAGACAGCAGCCUCCUUCUGCUGUCCCUCCUAUGAGAACCGGCUGCUGGCGAGCACACGGACGGAGCUCAACGCCGCGCUCGGGAUGUACGGCUCUCCGUAUGCAGCAGCAGCGGCCGCAGCCGGCCAGAACUACGCCAACUAUUUCCCGUACAACGCCGACCCCUCGGUCAUCUACUCCAGCCUGAACCCACAAUAUGAUAUUAAAGAGGGGUCAGGAAGCCUUCAUGGCACUAUAACCCAACCCGCUGCCUACUAUCCAUAUGACCACUCACUGGGACAGUACCAGUAUGACAGGUAUGGGACAGUUGAUUUUAAUGGGUCAACACGGAGAAAGAACGCCACGCGUGAGACAACAAGCAGUCUUAAAACAUGGCUUUAUGAACACCGGAAAAACCCAUAUCCUACAAAGGGUGAGAAGAUCAUGCUGGCCAUCAUCACCAAAAUGACUCUCACUCAAGUGUCCACCUGGUUUGCCAAUGCUAGAAGGAGAUUAAAGAAAGAGAAUAAGAUGACCUGGUCCCCCAAAAACAAAGCAGGGGAUGAUAUCAAUAAGACUGACCCAGACAGCAUUACCAAAGACUCCAAAGAUAGUAAGGAUGAGCGGGACCUGCAGUUCAGUGACCUGGAUGACAUUGAGGAUGAGGACUGUGACAAGCUGGACAGUGACUGUGAGAAAUCGGGUCAGGAUGACCUCCUGACUUCCUCCCCUCCAAAGAGAGACUGUAACCCUGACCUCCCUCUCCACUCUAACUUCACCUAUUUUCCCUGUGGCCUAAAGAGUUUGGGGCCUGUGAACCCUGACCACCUGGAUCCUCUGGGCCCCAAACCACACCAACAGCAGUCAUCACCUCAGUCCACCUCUACAAGCACUGUGGCACUCUCUCACUGUGAGGUAUCAGAGAAACCCCGGAUCUGGUCACUAGCACGCACAGCCGCUGCAGGGGUUGUUUUAGGCACGCAGCAUGGAGAUGCACGGACUGAGCCUGUGGACUGUCAGAUGCAGGGAGUCAGGUUGCCCACAGUCGGAGGAGGGCAGAGUAGGGACCUGAGCAAUAUUGAAAGCCUUUACCAGGAAGGACUGCAUGGGAUACAUAAGGGAUACAGUAGUGGAAGCUACAAGACCCUACAGCUACACUCUUCGACCUAUCCUGUACUGACAGAAUCCUGCCAGUACUCCUCAAUGGAAGGCUUCCAAAGUGCAGGAAAGACAGAGACAGAACCCACCGAGCUCAAUGACACAUGUCCAGUACUGCAGGAUGCUAAGACCACUGCAUUCAGACCUGUGAUAAAGAGGUGAGGAAGGACUGCAGAAAUGCCAUUAAACGCAGGGACAUUUUUGUGAUCUGCAUUAUGCACUAUGGAAUGGAGGCAAUGAAGAACUAAGCUCAUGGCAGCAGACACUUGAAAUUCUAGCGCAAUGAUGUGUACUCUUUCUGGAACUGUGAAAAAUGGAGGCAGCCAUAAUUUUGCACAAUAUGAUUUGAUGGUGUCAAUAACGUUAUGCAAUGUUUUGUGGAUGUAUGAGAAUAACUUGUCUGUGAUUUCUUAUUUUUGCACUAGCAAUCGUAGUUUAGUUAUCCUAUUUAUCUAUUUAUUGUUUGAUUAUCCUUCUGCUUUAUUUAUCUGUUACCAAACAUCCUCUCAAGGUUUUGUUGUGUGUUACGUUUAUUUAUCUGUGGUCAUGUGCUUAAUGUUCUGUGAUUAACUUUUUUGAAAGCUGGUGUAAAACUUACAGUCAGUCUUUUUACUUUUAUUUACUUAACAACAAUUACAGAGGUGAGAUAACUUGCUCCUGAGGAGUGUGCUCUGUAUGUUUAUAUCAAGAAACUGUGUAUAAAUGUUGUGUUGUAAUUUAUAAAAUAUUUUAU